AUGCCGGACCAGCAGCAGCAGCAGCGCGCCAAGAAGCGGCGUCGCCGGAGCCGCGCGCGGGCGGCGGCGCUGCUCCUGGCGUACGCGGCGCUGGCCAUGGAGCGCGCCGACGCGGCGCUGCUCCCGGCGGUGUACAGGGAGAUCGGCGGCGCGCUGCAGGCCUCGCCGACCGCGCUCGGCUCCAUCGCGCUCUCCCGCUCCGUCGUGCAGGCCGCCUGCUACCCGCUCGCCGCGUACCUGGCCGCGCGCCACGACCGCCUCACCGUCGUCGCCCUCGGCGCCUUCCUCUGGGCCGCCGCCACCUUGCUCAUCGCCGUCUCCACCACCUUCCCGCAGAUGGCCGUCACGGCGGCAUUGAACGGCGUCGGGCUGGCGCUGCAGAUCCCGGCGAUUUACGCCUUCGUCGCCGACUCCGUCGACGGCACGAGCAGGGGCGUGGCCUUCGGGUGGCUCAUGGUGGCGGGCAAGGUCGGCACGGUGGGCGGCACUUCCCUUGGCCUCCUCAUGGCGCCCACCUCGUUCUUGGGGGUACCAGGCUGGCGGCUCGCCUUCCUCUUCCUCGCUGUCGCCGGCGCCUCGGUCGGUGUGUCCAUACGCUGGUUUGCCGCUGGCAACGCCGCGGCGGCGGCGUCGACGACGACCCCGGCAAAUACCACGAAGCCUGUGAAGCAACAGCUGCAGGAGUUCGCGAGGGAGGCGAAGGCCGUGCUGCGGGUCCCGUCGUUCCAGGUGAUCGUCGCGCAGGGGCUCACCGGCUCGUUCCCCUGGUCAGCGCUCUCCUUCACGGCGAUGUGGCUGGAGCUCGUGGGGUUCUCCCACGGCGAGACGGCGGCGCUCAUGGCGCUGUUCAAGGUCGCCACGUCGCUGGGCGCCCUCCUCGGCGGCAAGAUGGGGGACGCACUCGCGCGGCGGUUCAAGAACUCCGGCCGCAUCGUCCUCGCGCAGAUCAGCUCCGGCUCGGCGGUGCCCCUCGCCGCCAUCCUGCUCCUCGCCCUCCCAAGCGAACCACCCACCGCCGCCAAGCACGGCGCCGCGCUGUUCGCCCUGGGGCUCAUGGCCUCCUGGAACCCCUCGUCGACGAACGGCCCGAUACUCGCGGAGAUCGUGCCGCCGCGGUCGAGGACGAGCGUGUACGCGCUGGACCGGACGUGCGAGGCCGUGCUCGCGUCGUUCGCUCCCCCGGUGGUCGGCCUCCUCGCCGAGCGCCUGUACGGCUACGAGCUGGCGCGCCCCGCCGGCGCCGCCGCAGUGACGACGGAGCGGCGCAACGCCGCCUCCCUCGCCAGGGCGCUGUACACCGCGAUCGCCGUCCCCAUGGUGCUGUGCUGCCUCGUCUACUCGUUCUUGUAUUGCACCUACCCCAUGGACAGGGAGGCGGCGGCUCGCGGAGACGGCGGAGACCGUCCCGGCGGCGGCGAGGGAUUUGGCACCGACGACGAAGAGGAGGACGAGAGAAAAUUGCUUCCGCAGUGACCGAAAUUCGGGUGAUCAUGCAGCUUAAAUUAGUAGGCAAAAACUCCCGUACGGAAACACUACCAUCCGUUGAAGAUUUGAGAUGAUUUUAAGCAAAACAAGUAGAUUCGGUGAUAGAUUUCAUCAAAAGUAGUAUAGGAUUUGAUAUAGAACUAUAUUAAACUUAUGUUUCUAUAGGUAAAAGUGUGUCUU